AUGGACGGAUACCGGCAGACGCUACUGGGACGAGCGCUGGCUGACGCGCUGCGUGAGCUGGAGAAGGAACAAGAAGAAGGAGACACAGAUGCUGAUGGUCUGAAUAUUGAUGGAGAUUAUGUGUUUGUAUUGUUUGAUGAAGCCAUGCGAGCAGAGCUACGUGAUAGAAACAAUAGCCAAGAGGAACAAGCUCAGACAUUUACGCACGAGACUUUGGAGCUAACGGGACAGAUCACAGCAUUCAAUCGAUUCAUGGAAGACUGGAGCUUACGGGCAUGUGCGAAUGCGUGUGAUAUAAAGCUGAAUAACUGCGUUGCUGGUCUACAUAUGCCACAGCAGGGACAGGAAGUGGCCAUUCGGCUAAAGUUACGACAGAGAACAUGA